CCUUUGCAUAUGUUUACGAUGGCAUUCUUCUAUUUCACUUUGCGCAUGCACGCAUUAUUCAUUUCUUCUAGGGGUGUCCGGCGCUGAACUUUGUUUUCUUCUAACACACUUUCUUCUUUACUCAACUUUUGGUGAUGUCUUCGGACGCUCACUUUGAUACCUUUACAAUUCUUCUUCCCCCUGUGCGUAUUGCAGGCGUCGGAUGUUUCGAGGUCGGAAAUGUAUUUGCAGUUUGUUUUUGGUUCCAACCUGAUUGUUUUUUAUGGCGUUCACUUGUCGGUUUUCUGCAGCUCACUCCACCCGGCAAUGACCCUUUGUUGCAGCUAGUUGCUUCCAGGGAACAAAACGGAUAUACUGGAGGAUAGGAUCUAAGGGCAUGGAAGCGAACUUCUUUUUCAUCUUUUAGCGAGGACAAACGGAUA